UUCUUUCUUUUCUUUCCCCAGCUUUUGGGCUUUCUCCUAAGAAUGGAAAUGCUUCUGCUUGGUGUCUGGACUCUGCUGGCCUUGACCCCUUGUCCAGGGACCACAGAAGAGCUGUUUGAAGUGUCUGUUUGGCCAAAUCAGGCCCUGGUGGAGUUUGGACAGUUCCUAACCGUGAACUGCAGCACCACCUGCCCAGACCCGGGGCCCAGUGGAAUCGAGACCUUCUUCAGGAAAAGCCAGCUGGGCAAAGGGCCUCAGUGGAAUGAGUUUGUCCUGGAGGACAUCACAGAGAUCUCUGUCCUGCACUGCUUCUUCUCUUGUGCAGGGGUCCAGAAGGACACAGCGCUCUGCAUCACCAUGUACCAGCCCCCGGAGCAGGUGAUCCUGGACUUGCAGCACGAGUGGGUGGCCAUGGAUGAGGCUUUCACAGUGAAGUGUCAUGUGCCUACUGUGGCACCACUGCAGAGCCUUACCCUUACCCUUCUCCAGGACGGCCGAGAACUGCACAGAAAGGACUUCAUGAGUUUUUCUGUGGCAUCCCAAAGAGCCGAGGUCACUGUCAAUGUCAGAGCCCAGUGGGAGAAUAACAGGAGCAAUUUCUCCUGCCAUGCAGAACUGGACCUGAGCCCACACGGUGGGAGGUUGCUUCAUGGCAGGUCAGCCACCAAGGAACUCCGGAUCUUUGAAUUCUCUCAGAGUCCUCAGGUCGGGGUGUCUUCACUCCUGGAGGUUGGGGUGGCGGAGACCAUGAGCUGUGAGGUGACUAGGGUGUUUCCUGCCCAGGAAGCUGUCUUCCCAAUGUUCUUAGAAGGCCAGGAGCUGAGCCCCUUCUCCUCCUGGAAGGGAGAUGCAGCGUGGGCCAGCACCACCAUUCGGGCCAUGGAGACCGGUGACCAGGAGCUGACCUGCCUUGUGUCUCUGGGUCCAGUGGAGCAGAGAGUCAGGAAAGCAGUGCAUGUCUACAGUUUCCCUCCCCCAGUUCUGGAGGUCGAAGACACUUACCUUCUGGCAGGGACAGAUGUUAAUGUCACCUGCUCGGGUCAUGUGUUAACAUCACCUAGUUCCACUCUUCGACUUCAGGGAGCUCCAAACAUCUCUGCUCCCGGUGAGCCUGCCUGGUUCCUCUUUACUGCCAGGGAGGAAGACGAUGGCCGGAAAAUCUCCUGUGAGGCCUCUUUGGAGGUGCAGGGCCAGCGACUGCUCAAAACCACUGAGUUGCAGCUUCAUGUCUUAUGUGAGUAGAGGCCUGAUGGUC